GACGUCAGUUCCCAAGCUCUCUAAACGUGGCUCCAUAAAGCCCUGGCAGCUGCCAGGUCAUGUGAUUUAUUCCAGGGAAACAGAAACUCGGCGCGGUUCUCUGGGUGGUUCUGGACUCGUUUGGACCUUCAGGGCUGACAUGGUGUUAUGUUCUGUUAUUGCAUGAAAAGGACAGAAGGGGAGAGUAAAGAGAGAACUGAAGCUAAACUGCGUCUGCUGCUUAUUCCCAACACCACAACACAUGGAGGGAGAGAAGAAGAGCCCAGGCUGCAGAGAGGAGCAGCUGUCGCUGAUCAGCUGGAACAUCGACGGUCUGGAUGGAGACGAGCAGCCAGAGAGAGCCAGGAGCCUCUGCUCCUACCUCACAGAAUACUCGGCUGACGUGGUGCUUCUGCAGGAAAUGGUGCAGCCCUACAUGCGCUUCAUGCACCGACGUCUGGGAGACGAAUACGCCUUCAUAGAAGGUGGACAGGACGGUUACUUCACCAUGAUGCUGCUGAAGAAGUCCCGCCUCAGGCUGCUGGAUCACCACAUUGUAAACUUCCCAAAGUCUCGCAUGAUGAGAAACCUGCUGAUUGCUCAGGUGGAGUUCGGAGGCCAGAAGCUGAGUCUGAUGACGUCCCACUUUGAGAGCUGCAAGGCCAACUCUGCAGAGAGGAUGAGGCAGCUGAGGCAGCUGAUGAAGAUGAUGAGCCGGGCUCCGGAUGACCAGACGGUUCUGUUUGGAGGGGACACCAACCUGAGGGACCACGAGGUAGCCGCCGUGGGGCUUCCCGGGAACAUCGUGGACCUGUGGGAGGAGCUGGGAGAACCGGAGAAGUGCCGUUACACCUGGGACACCCGGGCAAACACCAACAAAGAAAUACCGUUCAAGUGCCGGUUCCGGUUCGACCGGGUGUACCUCCGGCAGGCGGGUGUGGACGGCGUCCCCCUGCUGGAGCCCCGCAGCAUGGCGCUGAUCGGCCUGGAGAAGCUCCGGUGUGGCAUGUUCACCAGCGACCACUGGGGGAUCUACGCCACCUUCUCUGUGACGCACACAUAAAACGCUUUCAUUUGUUCAUUUUCAUUUUUAAAACAGAUCAUUUUACAGAAGCUCAGAGUUUCUGUGACAUCAGAAUGAAACGCUGAAUGAAACCAGAAAAGGUUUGAUAACUGGAGCCUCUUUUCCCUGUCGGUUCUGGUCAUCCAGAGUUUUGUAAUUUAAGUUGAGUGGAAGAAAGAAUUGUGGUAAAAGCAGUAGGUAAUGUCAUGGCCAGAACAUAAAUCCAUGUAUUAACAAGACAUUUUUGUUAGUUCAAUAAGCAACACAUAAACAAAUGCUGUAAACCAACAUUUUCAGAAUUGACCAAUAUAAAUACUUGAAUUCUAUGUGUAAUGGAUCUAUAUUAUCGACACGUUUUGUGUUUUAACCAAAUUGCUAAAAAAACCCAGUCUAUUAAAUGAUGUUCUUAUUA